AACCGCCAUAAAACGAAGAAGAAGAAACUGCCGCUGUUAUUCAUACAAGGAUCUACUCUAUCGCUACAAACAGCCGCAUUCAGCCUCUCUUUCCCCUGCUCCUGUUUUCUGGAACGUUCUGCUGUGCUCCUGGAUAAAAGAGAAGCCGUUUUCCAUCAUCUCUUCCAGCAAGAGAAGCAGAGAGCAGUCUCAAAGAGACCACAGUGAACUCAAUGAGUGAGCCAGAGAGGGAGGAGCAGCUCGACCCCACCAUGCCUCCAAAAUUCAAACGGCAUCUGAACGAUGAUGAGGUCACCGGCUCUGUUCGCAGUGAGAGGAGAACCCUACUGGAGGAAGACUCUGAUGAAGAGGAAGACUUUUUCCUGAGAGGACCGACAGGACCAAGAUUUGGUGCCCAAAAUGAUAAAAUUAGACAAGUGCAGUCUCAGGUUGAUGAAGUCAUUGACGUCAUGCAGGAGAACAUCUCCAAAGUGAUUGAACGAGGGGAACGUCUGGAAGACCUGCAGGACAAAUCUGAAAGCCUAUCGGACAAUGCGUCGGCAUUCAGCAGUAGAGCCAAGCAGAUCCACAGGAGGAUGUGGUGGAGAGACAAGAAGGUGACAAUGAUCGUGGUGCUGGUGGUGGUCAUUCUCCUACUUAUCAUUAUCGUUCCUGUGAUCCUGCGGUAUCGCUAGUGUCUGGAGGGGAGGUUAGAGGCAUCACGUACUCUUCCUCCUCUUCUUGCUGUCAUUCCUCCAUACCAGAGGGGGCGCUGCACAGAGUUGGGCUGCCCACUGUGUUUGCCUACUUUGGCAGGG